CAUGGAAGGGCGCGGAGGCGGGGGUGUCGGGUCGGCUCGCCGGUUCAUGAUCGGGCGGUGCCAGCAGGAAGUUCUGCAUCCAGAGUCAUAGUACACGUGGACCUGGACUGCUUUUAUGCACAAGUAGAAAUGAUCUCAAAUCCGGAACUAAAGGGCAAACCCUUAGGUGUUCAGCAAAAAUACUUGGUGGUUACCUGCAACUAUGAAGCUAGGGAACUUGGAGUAAAGAAACUUAUGAAUGUUAGAGAUGCCAAAGAAAAGUGUCCACAGCUGGUGUUAGUUAAUGGAGAAGACCUGACGCGUUACAGAGAGAUAUCAUACAAGGUGACAGAGUUGUUGGAAGAAUUUAGUCCAGUUGUUGAGAGACUUGGAUUUGAUGAAAAUUUUGUGGAUCUAACAGAAAUGGUUGAGAAGAGACUACAGCAGCUUCCAAGUGAUGACCUUUCAGCACUGACUGUGUCAGGUCAUGUAUACAAUAAUCAGGCUAUAAACCUGCAUGAUGUCUUGCACAUCAAACUACUUGUUGGAUCUCAGAUUGCGGCAGAGAUGCGGGAAGCCAUGUACAAUCAGCUGGGUCUCACUGGCUGUGCUGGAGUAGCUUCCAAUAAAUUACUGGCAAAAUUAGUUUCUGGCAUCUUUAAACCAAAUCAACAAACAGUCUUACUACCUGAAAGUUCUCAAGAUCUCAUUCAUAGUUUGAAACACAUAAAGGAAAUGCCUGGUAUUGGCUAUAAAACUGCCAAACGCCUGGAAGCACUGGGUAUCAGUAGUGUGCGUGAUCUUCAGACCUUUUCAUCCAAAAUAUUAGAAAAGGAAUUAGGAAUUUCCAUUGCUCAGCGUAUCCAGAAGCUCAGUUUUGGAGAAGAUAACUCCCCUGUAACACCCUCAGGACCACCUCAGUCCUUUAGUGAAGAAGAUUCACUUAAAAAAUGUUCAUCAGAAGUCGAAGCUAAAAGUAAGAUCCAAGAAUUACUUGCUAAUCUUUUGAAGAGAGUAUGCCAAGAUGGAAGGAAGCCACAUACAAUAAGAUUAAUAAUCCGUCGCUAUUCAUCUGAGAAGCACUGUAGCCGUGAGAGUCGUCAGUGCUCUAUUCCAUCCCACAUAAUUCAGAAGUUAGGGACAGGAAGUUAUGAUGUGAUGACGCCAAUGGUUGACAUACUUAUGAAACUUUUUCGAAGCAUGGUGAAUGUGAAGAUGCCAUUUCAUCUUACCCUUUUAAGUGUGUGCUUCUGCAACCUUAAAUCACUAAAUACUACUAAGAAAGGGACUAUUGAUUAUUAUUUUACACCAUCAUUAUCAACAACUUCAUGCUCUGGCAAGCGCAGUUUUAAAAUGAAAGAUACUCAAAUGGAGGAUUUUUCGAAAGACAAAAAAACAAAUUGGGAUUUUCUACCAACUGGAAGAAUUGAAAGUCCAAGAACUGGGGAGUCUCCACUAAGUUUUUCUAAAGAUCAAAACAGUGAUGAUUUCCCACUCUGCUCACUUCCUGAGGGUAUUGACCAAGAAGUCUUUAAACAGCUUCCAGUAGAUAUUCAAGAAGAAAUCCUGUCUGGAAAAUCUAGAGAAAAAGUUCAAGGGAAAGGAAGUUUGAGUUCUCCAUUACAGGCCUCUAGAGGAAUAUUAUCUUUCUUUUCUCCAAAACAAAUGCAAGAUAGUCCCUUAAAUCCUAGAGAUAAUUUAUCUAAUAGCAAACAGAUGUCCUCAUCGUCUCCAGGAACCUCAGGCUUAAAUAACAGUGAACCAGGAACCUCAGGCUUAAAUAACAGUUCCUCUUACCUGUCCAGCCAAAAGGAUGAUUCACAUUAUUUAGACAGUAGCUUAAAAGAUGAACGAAUGAGUCAAGGACCUAAAAAGUCUCAAGGAUUCCACUUUUCAAAUACAAACCCCACUGUAUCUGUUUUUCAUUCAUUUCCAAAUUUUCAGAGUGAGCAACUUUUCUCCAAAAACCGCACUACAGAUAGGCAUAAGCAACCGACAGCUGAGGCGUCUGAUCAUGAAGGACUUGCAGAAAAUACAGAGCAAGAUUGUACUGCUGAGAAAAUUACUUUUCCUUCUGAUGUUGAUCCUACAGUUUUCUAUGAACUUCCAGAAGAGGUACAAAAAGAACUGUUGGCUAAUUGGAAGAGAAGAACAGGAUCAGACUUCCACAAUGUACAUAAAUAAGCAUGUUCAGAAAAAAGGUCUAAAAAACAAGGGGAAGACCAUUAUUCUCAGAUUAGCAGUUUAUUAAGCUCGUCUAAAUUAAACACUAAUCGAUAUUUAAUAAUGUCACAAUCCAAUAUAAAAUGUUCUAAAGCAAGAAUAGUUAUGGGAAGUAAAUUCUGACACAAAAUAUAAAAAACUCAUAAUAGAAGAAAUAAUGUAAAACAUUACCUUCUUAUUUCUAAAACUAUUUUAUAUUGCUUUUCAAUAAAAAUAUAUCAUAGCAUUA